CCGAAUUUGAAUUGUGGGUGAGUUGAUGGCGGCGAGGCGAGCGACUUUUCAACGUCCCGACGAUUGUCGGCUACUCUCGAACACCCCGAGUUGAAUGCCUUCGCACCAGCAGAUCGCAGCCCUGAAACCCCACGUGGACAGCAGCGGCGGCGAUGGACAGGGGGCGCCCACGGCCACUCAUUCUUAGGCGGAAGCGUCCGCACGACGGCGAGCAAUGCCCACCGUCCAAGGGGGCCCUGCUGCAGGGGGGCAUGCGAGACGAUGUUGCCACGGCUGGCUCCCAGGUGCCGAUCGUGGCGAGAGUUGCAAGCGCACAUUGCGGUAAGGCGGAGUUCGCACGGCGUCAGCAGCACAACCGCACGGAAGAAGAUUGCAGCGGUGCCGGCUUGAAUCCACCGCCGCGCAAGGCCAUCCUCCUCGAACACCCUCCUGCACCGCGCCACGCAGGCCGGACCUGCUUUCCUGGAAAGGAAAACAUGGCAGCUCCAACCGCGUGCCUGAUGAAGUCCGCCGACCACGCCGCGAGCUUUGUUGCAGCGCCGAAGUUGCCGACGCGUGCCUUUGGGACAGCGGCUGUGGGAAAUUGUGGCGCAGGCAUCGAGAAAGAUGCCGCGAUGAACAAAAGCCUAACCAGCAUACAGUGGCUGGGUCGACUCGAGGGAGAUCGUCUGCUGCCCGGUGUUGCCGAAAUCCACCCCGCCGUGGACAGGACAAUAAAGCAGGAGCAGAGUCUGAGCUCGUGCAGUAGAGCAAAGGUGGCUAACGACCAAAAGGGCAGGGGCGUGGAGAGCUGUGUUUUCACCGAGGCCACCGAUGCUGCCACUGCCAACAGCAAAAAACUACAAGAUAAUAAAAAGGACAACCACUCGAAUCUGGAGCGGCCGCUCUUCUCUUACAUGGCCAUGAUCCAGUUUGCGAUCAACAGCAGCAGCAACGGGCGAAUGAGUCUGCGCGAGAUCUAUGCCUGGAUUGCACACCGCUUCCCGUACUUCAGACAUUCAGCACGGCCAGGAUGGAGGAAUUCAAUCCGACACAACCUGUCGCUGCACACCAUGUUUGUGCGCGAGACAGUGCCAGGAAGCAAGGAGUCCUUCUGGACUGUGUCCAAUGAGAGUACGCACAGGCGGCACGCCUCGUUCAGAGAUACAUCGCAAGGGAGCCACAGUGCACUCAUAGCACCAGCACCAUCGUCAGCUCGACGUGUCCAGCCUCUGCUGCCUCGCCCACCCGAGCCACAGCCCAUCAGCCUCCUGCUGACGCCUUCCUCAUUGCACUUUAUUCAGCCCACGCUUGUUGCUGCCAUAAAGCAGGAGCAGCAGCAGCAGGUCGCAACGGCGUUGAACCGUGCCGUGAAGGCUCAACCCAUGUCCACAGCGCCAGCAAAAAUUAUGAAACAGCAGGAGGAACAACAGCAGCCGCAGAUUGUAAUGCAACAGCAAAUGGUGGGACAGAUGCUGCAGCCACGGCAGAUACAGCAGCAUCAGCAACCGGUGAAGGAGGAGCAGCAGGAAACGGUGCAUAAGUGGAUUGUACGGGAUGAGAGCGUGCUGCAAGUUGUCCAGCAAGAGCAACAAGUGAAGGAGCAUUUGGUGCGACAACUACAAAUGAUGAAGGAGAAGGAAGAGAAGCCGACGCUACAGAGGGUGCACGAGUGCCUGGCCUCCAGCACGUCAGCCACGCCACCGGCGUGCACCUGGCAGCGCAGCGAAGUUGGCAGUGAUGGCGAGAGUCUUGCCCUUACUCCAAAGAAGCAAGCGCUCUACCGUACCCCAAAGUGCAGGCGUAAGCAGGGUCACUUGCGCAAGCAGAGCCUUGCGCACCAGCAUCUUACACCCGCGUCGGAGUUCCUGUUCAUGGAGGAGUCUGUGGUCAAAGAUCCCUCUGGAACCGAAUGGGGAGACCCUGAUGGACAACAAGCCGCGGAGUGCGCAGACUUGGCGCUGUUUGCGACCCCGACGCGGAGGUUCAGCCUGACCACUUCCACGCCGUGCCAACUGACGGAGCCGCCCACGUGCCUACUCUCCCCGUGGAGCCCCCCUUUCACUCCGCCACCGCUGCCGUUCUCCUCCUCGCCGUUUAGCCCAGCCACCGCCACCGCCGCCAUGGCCUACCACCACUCCCCUCGCACCCCGCACCGGCUGAGAGGCGUCACGCCAAGCUCGUGGACGAUGCGCGCAAGGGGGGACCGCGUGCCCAGAGUCAGUCUGUCAUUCACCCCGAUAAAAGCUGGUUGCGUUGCAGAGAACAAAACAACCUCUGCCGCUGCACCGUCAGCGCCGUUGGAUAUCGUGUUGGUUAAGAUAGAGAAGGAAGACGCAGACGUGGAAAACGACAGCAAAGGGAUUGGCGGCUCCGCGUUGGCAGAUGCGGAUACCGUGGCGGAGGUGGCGGCGAUGGUGCCCAAGCGCAGCGGUGCAGAGAGAGCCGGGGCAAGCACCUGUGGGGGCAGUGGUGGGGGGGAACCGGCAUCAUUGGGGGUGGCGGAGGCUGCGAAGGAGGCCAACGGUGGUGUGGAUGGAGCGAGCUGGACAUGUGGCGAGGACAGCUUUGACAAGAUUCUGCAUGAACUGAGCCUGCCCCAGCUGGAGGAGAACUGGACCGAUUCAAUGUUGGACAUGAAUAAUAUAAACUGGACGCUGCUCGACACGCUGCACGCAGGCGUGCCAGGCUUCUAGGCGGCGGCGCAGUUUGUACGUUUCGAUAAUCGUUCGGCUUUAAUUACUGUACACGAUUUUCGAUCUGCGGCGACUCGCCUGUCCUGGCACAGUGUUAGCGUCGUCGCCCCACAAACCCAGUGAGUUGAGUUUAGUUCCUGGAAAUGGUUAGCGUCAUUUGGUGAGCAAUACAUGAACUGGUCCCAUAUAAUCAACUCGCCAUGACCGGCAUGGUGAAGUAUGGUUAAGCAAUCCAUAUGACACAACACAGCAUGGGGAUGCCUGCAUCCAGCAGUGAUUUGCCAAAGGGUGGUGUACAUUAAUCGGGCAGUUUCAAGGACAAUUAAGCACACAUGCCAACUCGGAUUUCUGUAUCUGAUAGUGCGUUUUUCCCCAUUCAAAAUUAUUUCUAAAGCUUUCAACCGCAGCAUGUUGGGGAUGAAGAAAACCAUUGCACGCCCCUUGUUUUCAUUUGGGUGGCUUGUGUUUAACUUGUCGAGGCUGACCAAUUCCACCGAUGCAAAUUCUCCACCUGGUCAAGGAAACCAUGUCUUAAGUACUGUAAGCUUUCGUCAAGGGUUAAAUUAUUUGGUAUUUUCCGCAAAUCAGCUUUUAGUCAAUUUGGGAACUACUUGGUUGUGGGAGUUUUUAUUAAAACACAUUUUUAGGUUUAAAGAGUUAAUAUAUUCCCCCCCUCUAUUUGUAUGUCUGUUUUGUGGUUUCAUAAAGAUAAUCCAGCGUGAUUAAAAUUAGGUUAUGAAGUUGUGUUGCUGAUCAGUCGCUAAGCCGCUUAAGCCUUGCGAGGAGGCCACAGCGUUCGCCUUACACAGUUACCAAGCCUUGAGGCACCAGUCCAUGCUUUGCUGAUCGGGAUGCCAUUGUCCUGCCUGACCUGGCACAGCCAGGUGGCACGCUGAGCUUGGGCGGUACCACGGGCCUCCAUGCUGGAGAUGCAAUGCAACGGCCCAGGAUGGUGUCCCGACGGCUUCAGCAGCAGCAGCAGUGUGUGUGUGCCUGCAAGCCAGGGUAUCCGGAUCCUUCCGCACGGUGCGGCCAGCCAGCGAGCACGUCUUCGCUGCGGAAGCAUCGCAGCCGACGUGAGGAACGCCCAGUCUGCAGCGUUUAAGUUCUCCAGCUGUUCCUGGAGAAUUUUAAGAGCAGAGGUUUCUCAAUAAGUGAAAGAGGAUGGCAUCUUAGCAUUUGGAUGGCGCCGCGCGAGCUGGCUGCUGUCUGACUGCUGUCUGACUGCUCCAGCGCCGCGUCUUCUCCUUCCCAUCGAGCUUAGUUAUCCAGUCCCCCUUUCUCUCUUCUAUACUCCCCUCCCCAGUAUUUAUUUACCUGUUUCGUUUCCAUCUCCUGUUCAUAACUCUAUUUUAUUAUUUUCUUGGCCGCACGUGCGCUGUCAGCAACCACCGCUGCCCAGUUGUGGUCAGCAUGAAUCGGACGCGGCCCCAACUGUCCAUGGAUCCGGACUUCCACUACCUCCGUGCAGGGAAAGUGGCGUCCAGGCUUGGGAGUCCGUCCUAGCCAUGAUCACUGUGGCUGUCCGGAUGCUUUUCCCCAACUGACUAUAGUCACUUUUUCGGCAUAAGCAAUUACGAAAUAACACUUACUACCCAGGAACAAAAAUUGUGUUGACCUUUUGUAUUCCAUUCCCAUUUCACCCCAUGGGUUCGUACUUCCCGGCAAUUUCAACUGCCCGGGAACGACCCAAUCAAGCAUUGACGGUCGCCUUGCCAACACUCCCACUCCCCUCGGGAAUCUCAAUCACUGAUUCACCGAUUCAUUCGUUCUGUUCGCUGACCAUCCGAGAUUUCUCGGCGUCACUCUGGAUCCCACACUCUCCUUCGACACCCAUGUCAACCUCGUAUUCAAGUCCUGCAACUACCACCUCGGGGGCCCUCCGCCAUCUACGUCCGCUCAUCACCUCCAACAUCGCAAAUACUCUCGCCUGCGGCAUUGUUGGGUCGUGGCUCGACUAUUGUCACUCAGUCCUCGUCCGGUCCACUCUAAGCAACCAAAAUAAGCUGCAACGCCUCCAAAAUCACGUUGCCCGAAUUGUCCACGGCCCCCGAAAGCCUCGUCCUGACUCCAUGUCCAUCCUUCGUGCCCUUCACUAGCUGUCCAUUUCGAUCAAAUUUACCUUCAAGAUCGCUUGCCUCUGCUACCGCGCUCUCGAGUCCGGCUACCCACCGUACCGAAGUUCUCUGCUGACGCCUUACACUUCAAUUAAUCGUAGACACCUUUGAAAUGUGUCGCAGAACCUCUAAACUCCCAGGGCAAGGUUUGUAAUUACUUCCCGUCGUUUCUCCAUCGCAGCCCCCGUCCUCUGGAACGUCAUCCCUAUUCACUUCCGCUACGAUGAAUAAUUUUCUUCGUUCAAAAGCGAUCUAAAGGCGCAUCUCUUCAACUCGACAUGUCACCACCGAGUCUCCUUAGAACUGGGCGACGCGAUCUGACACGGAGCUCGGCUCACCGCCUCAGAAUUGCAUCUUCGGCAACAUUGCGCGCGUUAUAAAUUGUAUUAUUUUCUCAGUCCAGUGAUGAAAGAAUCCACCCAGCACCUGCGCACAAACUGAUUUCAUUGCUGCAGCUUCUCGGCGGAAGUCCCCUUGGAUGCAUAUUCCGUUCCUUGGCUGCCAUUAGAUUGUUUUUCUUCACCGUCCGUAAUUCCUGCUGGUGAUGUGUCCUGCGUUAUAAUGUUUCAGAUUGAAUUUCCCUUAAACACCUUCAAUAUAUUUGGGUCU